UAUUCCUUGGACUGUUUACUGAAGAUAAGACAGUACGCGUCAGUACGCAUCGUUGGGAAUUUUUCAUUUUCAAUUAUGGUUGCCUUAUAAAAGACACACAGACCCAAGAAUGGUCAAACAGUUGGGAACUCACAGCUUGACAAUGAAAGUCCUAAUAUUUGUAGUACUUAUUGGGAGCAUUCUAGUAGCUUUGACUGCAGCAAAGCCACAAGGAUAUCAUCAUGGAGACAUUGAACACCAAAUAUGGCCAUAUGAAGCGAGCGACGGCCAGCAGAAAAUGGGUCAACGACCGAUGACUGUUGAGGGCUCUAAUGAUCGUCCUGACGAGCGUCCAGGUAGCGGACAGCGUCCUCCCUAUGACCACGAACUAAGUCCGCUUGGCGGUCAACGUCCUCAACCCGAUCAGCGUCCUCCAUAUAACCACGAGCACGGUUCAUCCAAUGGACAGCAAUCCCAGCCUGAUCAGCGUAAUCCCUAUAACCACGAGCAAGGUUCAUCCAAUGGACAGCAAUCGCAAGGUUCAUCCAAUGGACAAAAAUAUCAACCCGAUCGACGUCCACCACAUAUGCACCGUCGUCAUCAUGGCCGCCGCCCACAAGACGAGGAAAGCACAACUUUUGAGCCUGAAGAUGCGACCACAGUCGAGCCUGAAGAGUCGACCACACUCGAGCCUGAAGAUUCGACUACAGUCGAGUCAGAACAGUCGACCACUGUUGACCCUGAGGUAUCGACGACCUUGGAGCCAGAGGAAGGUAAACACUUUCUAUUGCACAUGAAAACAUAUUGAAUGUAGUAUUCUAUUAAAGUUUUGGUAGUCAAGCACAUAAAUCUUCAAUUUUCUGUUCUGAACU